AUGAUGUCACUAGACAAAUCAGAAAAGGUCUCCCUUGGGCGACAACCCCGAGCCCCGAGCAACGGCCAGAGUGCCCUGGCGGUGCCCCCUCAGCGCAUCCCGAGGAAGCGUUACUCUGUGGGCGUCGCUUUCAAACGUCCGGCUAAGCGUCGUCGGCGUGUCCAGAGUGACACUCAAGUGGAGCACCUGCUCCCCACUCACUUCCUCUUAGGCGGAAACAUCUUCGACCCGCUUAACCUCAACUCUUUGUUGGACGAAGACGUCAACAGGGCGACCAAUCAGACGACUCCAAAGUGUUCGCCCCUGCCGUCCCGGAGCAGGGACCCCGUCGACAUCUUGGUUCCCCGAGAUAUCACGGACCCUUUGAACCUGAAGGGAGAGGGAAAACCAGGCGAGGAGUCGGAUGGCGUCCUGUUGUCCCCACUCAAGUCCAGGAGGAGACACAGGAACCAUCACGGUGGCGAUAAGGACGCGGUGACCCGUCCAGUAUUUCUCUCUACAGAUGGACUGACUGUUCCAGCGUUGUCCACAGAGGGCAGCGCUGCAGCGUCUCCUCUCCCCUGCGAACUCAACACGGCCAUCACCUGCCGAGAAGACCUCGCCCUCCCCCCGAUCCUUCCCAGGAGACACUCGCACCCUCCUCCGAGCACCGCGCGCAAAACCGGCGAGCGACGGCAAAGGGGUCGACGGCGCACCACCUCGCUACGGUUGACGCGCGACGUCCCCGACGAGGCUGAGGCGCCCCGCUUCCGCACACCGCGAGCCGAACCGGGAACGGAAAAGUGUCCGCGCAAGCCUCCCCGGGAGAAGGACAAACACCGCUACCAGUACGGCAACUUUUGCCGCUACUACGGCUACCGCGGUUCCUACGGGAACGGUUGGGAAGGCCGCGUCGGGCCCGCGGAGGAUGCGCGCUUCCGCUUGUUGAGGGACGAUUGGUUCCGGGAGAAGAAGGUCCUGGAUGUGGGCUGCGGCGCCGGUCACCUGGCGCUCGCCGUCGCCCGCGCCUUCAACCCCGUGCAUGUUCUUGGGGUGGAGCUUGACGAGCGACUGGUACAUGCCGCCAAGCAGAACAUCCGGCACUUUCUUUCACACGACUUGGCAGAAAAGGAGAGGAGGUGCCGCUCUUCCCCGACUUCAGAGGGAGUGGAAAAGAAGGACGACGUGCGCCUCCUGGCUUUCCCGCUGUCACUACGAGUGAGUCGCGGUCCUCUCGCCGCUCCCCCUCUGGUCCUGGCCCCUCCACCCACGUGCAGGUUUCCUAACAACGUCACCUUCAUCCAGGGGGACUACGUAUCCGACCGAGAACCGUGGCCUGGGCAGGGUCGCUAUGACGUCAUUCUGUGUCUGGGCGUGACCAAGUGGGUACACCUGCACGCCGGAGAUGAAGGCGUGACCCGUCUCUUCAGAAGAGCCUUCCGGAGCUUGUCGCCGGGCGGAUUGUUCAUCCUGGAACCCCAGUCGUGGCGACGCUACGGUCGCAGCAAGAAAGCUUCGGCGACCACGUACCCUCGCUACAAGAGUUUACAAGUGAAACCGGAGCACUUCACCUCCUUCUUGACGGACAACGUCGGCUUCAGUUCUUACAGACGUCUCACGCGUACUGGUGAGAAGCGGCCUAUCUAUCUGUUCCACAAGAACUCGUCCCCUAAGACCACAUGA